CCUCUGACCCAAUUGAAGAGGAGAGAGAAAAAGCAGAGAGAGAGAAGGUGAAACCCCAAAUCCGCCGCGAUGGCCGCCGUCGCCCUGCUCCGCCGCUCGCCGGCGGCGCGCGCCCUCCUCUCGCCGGCGCUCUCCUCCCGCCUCGUCGCGUCCAAGCCCCACUCGUCGUCCCCCGCGCCGCCGCCGCCGUCGAGGGCGAACACCAAGACGUUCUCGAUCUACAGGUGGGAUCCCGACUCGCCGUCGACGAAGCCGCAGCUGAAGGACUACAAGGUGGACCUCUCCGACUGCGGGCCGAUGGUGCUCGACGUGCUGCUCAAGAUCAAGAACGAGCAGGACCCCUCGCUCACCUUCCGCCGCAGCUGCCGCGAGGGGAUCUGCGGCAGCUGCGCCAUGAACAUCGACGGCGACAACGGCCUCGCCUGCCUCACCAAGAUCUCCUCCGCCUCCUCGGCAUCCACGAUCUCGCCGCUGCCCCACAUGUUCGUCAUCAAGGACCUCGUCGUCGACAUGACCAACUUCUACAGCCAGUACAAGAGCGUCGAGCCGUGGCUCAAGCGCAAGGACUCGCCGCCGCAGCCCGGGAAGGAGAUCCCCCAGACCAAGGCCGACCGCGCCAAGCUCGACGGCAUGUACGAGUGCAUCCUCUGCGCCUGCUGCUCCACCUCCUGCCCGUCCUACUGGUGGAACCCCGAGGAGUACCUCGGCCCCGCCGCGCUGCUCCACGCCAAUAGGCUUCCGCUGUUGGGGACGCUAAUCAAACCAAAACCCAACAUGUUCAUGCACAUCCAAGCUCGAGGAUAUCAUGGGGUGUCGGAGAAGAGAAACUUGCUGGAUCACAAACGUAGAUUGCUCGCAGCAAAACAUGAACUGAAAGGGAAGCUUUAUAAGGCUGUUUGUAGGGACCCUGAUCUUCCAGCAGAUAUGCGGGACCAGUUUCGCUAUAAGCUGUCCAAGUUGCCAAGAAAUAGCUCCAUGACACGCCUUAGAAACCGCUGUAUCUUCACAGGCCGCUCGCGCGCUGUUUACAAGAAAUUCCGCAUGUCUCGUAUUGUGUUCCGGUCAUUGGCUAAUAAGGGUGAAUUGUUGGGUGUGAAGAAAGCGUCUUGGUAGAUGCUAACAAACCAAUAGAUCAAAGCACUAGCUCUGCAGUAGUCCAGCAUAAUAAGUUUGCCUUGAUGCAGUUUUUCAGUGUUUGAUACCUGAAACUACUUUUCAAUCUUUUGACCAGUAGCCAGUGUGGCGCUCUUUUCAAUUAUUUAGUUGAACCAGUGUACUGUACUGUUUGUCUGCCUAUUGAGCAUUUAUGAAGUUAAAAGGCUUGGAAC